AUUAAAUUGAGGUUAAGUAGUUGAAAAGGAAAUUCUUAUUUUAUGGUUUUAUUUUUUAAUAAUAGUGUAUUUUUACCAAUGUGCAAUGUGCAUCCAAGUCAUAGUUGUAUGAUUAGUGCUUAAUUUCUUGUAUAAAUUGUUUUGAAGGUUGUAAAAUUGUAAAUUGCUUCAUCGUGGUCAUCCAAUCUGCUUGAAACAGGAAAAUAAACAGCAAAAAUUACUAACAUUUUGGCAACUAAUUUUAGUUACCAUGGAAUAUGAUUGUACAUCAACUAUCUUAGAAUGUGAUAUGAAUGCUAGGUAGAGAUAUAUUAAGUCGUGUGAUAUUUUUGAAUAAGCUUCGUUGACUAAAAUGGAUAAAAUGAAACAUAACCUGAACUUCUGGAGUAGAAAGUUGGAAAUUCUGUGCAUCUUGACUUUGUUGCCAUUACUUAUAGAUUCAUACAGUUCAAAACAUUCAUCAUUGGUGGAUCAGAAUAUUGCAGAAGCUUUCAGAGGCGUGGACACUCGGCUGCUAGGCGAAUGCUCGAAACUGCUGACUCUGCCAAAUGUGCGCGUGAACAUGACGGUGGGUGAGGGGGGGCGACGAACCCUACAUUUCAGCUGCGCCAGGGGGUACCGACUGUUGGGGCCCCCCAAACUGCUGUGUCCCCCCGAUCAGUGGCAGAGGACUACCACGCCUUUCUGCGAGCGUACUGGCUGCGACAAACUGCCGAUGCUAAUGAACGGCGCCGAGCGUGUGAUGGGCGUAGCGCCCUCUAGUGUCAGAGAAGGUGGAGCUGAGGAGGGAGAGGAGCUGAUGGAGGAGGGCGUCGUUGUGGAGUACGCGUGCGAGAGUGGUUUCCGGUUGACGCCGAUGACGUCACAGCAGCGACAGUGUCGGCAAGGCCACUGGACUGGUGAACCGGUCACCUGUGUGCCUCAAGGGUGUCCGAGAUUGUCGCAUCCCCACAAUGGGUACAUUGAAGAACCAGACCAAUUGGUGUUGCCCAACACUGAUUACGGGCACAUUCGCGUGGGCGCACGCCUGCUGUUUAAGUGCAACCAGGGCUUCGCUCUGAUUGGUGCUCCGGUCGCCCUGUGUGGCCCCGACGGCCAAUGGCAGCCCUCGCCUGAGACGAGGCCGUCGCUGUGUAGGCCACGCCCCCUCCAAACGCCUGGUCGAUGUCUGCCUCCGUCGCCUGUCAUUCAGAUGUACACGGAAACGGGCGUGAAGGUGGACCUAGCAGACGAGGGUGCAGUGGUGGAGAUGGGCUGCAUGCUGGGCUUGAGGGACAAGCUGCACGGCUGCAAGCUGCAGGUGAUGCGCUGCGGACCCAACAGUCAGUGGUUGGGGGGUCGGAUCCCGCAAUGCGUAGCGCAGCCCAAUGAUUGCGUAUUUCCGCCGCCAAUUGCCAACGCCCACAUUCAGCGCAUUGUAGAAGGAGUGGGCCGGUUCACAGUGGGCGCUCAGGUGACGUACGUCUGUGAAGACGGCUACCAAAUGGCCGGCCUGCUGGAUCCAAGCCAGCCGGCCACCCUCACCUGUAUGCAGGGUGGAUGCUGGACGCCCAGUCAGAUGCCCUACUGUCAGCCAGUACAGGACGCCAAUGCUCUCUACUUGCCGGGCAGCCAGUACUUUGCCGGGCCCAACAGUGCUAGUACGUCUCUGCUCUUCUCCAUUGUUACAGCUCUGAGUAUUCUGCUAGUGCUGCUGUCAGUGUGUGUUGCGGUGGUCUGUCGUCACCAGGGCGGAGGAGGAGGCAUGCAUCGUGGCAUGCCUCUUGCCUCUUCGGCGCAUGCCUCUUCCAGCGCUCCCUUGCCACCUGCGCCUCAGUCGCACGACCCGGAUCGUGUCGCGUUGAUCGCCUUCGCUGACGGCAUUCAGCAGUCAGGCCUGCCAACCUAUGAGGAAGCAAUGCGCAGUGCUGCCAACCCCACGCCUCGACACUCGUUCAGGCAUGCGGGUGCGGGAGUGUGGUCUAGACGUUGUGAUGAUUUGGCUUCGGAUACCACCUCUAACAGCACAGGCGUGAUGACACUGGACACAGUUAGUUGUCACACGUGUGCGUCGACGUCAUCGUCUAGCGGUCAAACUGCGUCGUGUCGUGCCAUCUGCGGAAGUCUUGCCUCGUUCGACACCUCUUCUGUGCAUAAUACUGAAGGUGUACCUCUGCUAGAGGAGAACGAGCUGGAAGAGAGCGGAAUCGCAAUGUUGGCAGCAAUGGAAGGCUCCUCCACUCCCCCCGCUUGUGACAACACUUCUUUCAAACUGCAAUCAGCUGACAUAGACUCCAUUCAUUCAUAAACACUAUACACCUUCUACUACGACUCUAUUCGUAAACAAUAUAUUCUCUGUAAAUAGAUCACACACUGUAACUACCUGAAAACUAGGUUUGAGCGACAGUUGCUUCUAAUCCAACUAACAACUAUCAAAUCUUGUUACAAAACAAUUUUAAUUUUGGACAUCCUUUAGGGCCGUUUGCACAGUCAAAGCUUAAACUCGAUUUAAUCAGCUGGUGGCUUAAACUCAAAAUGAAACACAUUAUAACAAACUAGACUUGAUACGGAUUUAAUCCAGUUGAAAAUGGAAUUAAAUUAGUGGCAGCUUAAACUGUCAAUGUGCAAACGACCCUUAGACACAUUAAUGGGCACCCUUACAACUAGACUCUAGCUUAUCAAGCCAGCAACGCAACUUUCUGAGAUGAUAGCAUCGCGAAUUUCCGAGGUGACAGCAACGCAACUUUCUGAGGUAAUAGCAACACAGCUUUCCGAGGUGAUAGCAACGCAACUCUCUGAGGUGGUAGCAACACAGCUUUCCGAGGUGACAGCAACGCAACUUUCUGAGGUAAUAGCAACACAGCUUUCCGAGGUGACAGCAACGCAACUUUCUGAGGUAAUAGCAACACAGCUUUCCGAGGUGACAGCAACGCAACUUUCUGAG